UUGUCUUUAGGGAACACGGCAGUAAAGGGGUGUUACCAAAGAAUUCUAUUAGAAGCGGGUGUAACCCACAGCGAUAUGAACCGUGUUCUCAGUUCUCUCUGGUUUAAGUAGGAGGAAAAACAGCCGUCUCUGUUGCUUCAUCUUGCAGUAACCUGCUUUUUUCAGGUCAUUUGGCUCUUAGGCGGUAACUUACAAAGGGUGGACGAGGGGAGAGGUUUCCUUACUGCAAGAAGAGGAGAAACUCAGGAGGCUGGCACUGACAAGGACGUGCAAGGUAAGAAGUCAGCUGCACGUAGCCUCCAUUAGCUUACCAUCAGCUGCUAUCAUAUUUUGUCACUUUUCAUCACUAUGCCUGCCUAGAAACCAUUCUUUCUUGGCAGAUGAUAAUUUGCCAUAACUAAGUCUUUGCCUGAAGAAUAAUAAUCUAAGUGUGUGUGACAGAAUGGAGCCAUGGCUGAGAAAGAGCUCUACUUUGAGCGUAACAACAUUACUUAAAUUCCUUCUGACUCUGUGUGCUACAAGAACACCAUUAUCACAGCACUUUUUGGCCAAUCUCCACAUUGUGAACAAAGCUUCUGAGGAGCUGGGAGGGACACAGAAGUAAAAAGGCUGUAUACAUUAUAAAAGCACAUCCAGCCCUGAUAUGAAGCAGUGAGCAUCUGACACUAACUGAAAUAUGUGAGUGAUGUUAGUGUUUGAGAUAUAAAUAAACAGACAGACACAUACAAUAAAAUCAACCCUAAUAAUGUUAAAGGAUAAAAUUGGAACUUCCUGUUAUUUACUCCCAUGUUGUUUCCAGGGAAACAAAGAAAUUGUCAAGAUUAAAGAGAAAAGAAAUCAAUGAUUUUAAAGUCUUUUUUUAUCCCUGUUUUUGGAAGAUUUGCUCAAUUUUGUUUCUUGUAUAUUUUCUAGAUAAGAUAUAGCCUACAUUUAUAUUCAGCACUAUGCAAAGGUCUUGCACCAUCGCUGGGAGGAGACACAAACCCCGCCUUAGGGUAUUACAAGCUAAGUUAUGCCUAGACCAGUGGUGCCAAACAUAAGGGCCAGGGGCCAGAAUCUUUGGCUCCAAUCUGGCCCACUGGACGGCUUUAAAACAUGUUACAUGUUUGACAUCAAUUUUAGACUUUUAACCGUAUUUUCUUACGUUUUAUAGCUUUUCCCACUGAUAAACUCCUCUUCUAUGGCUAUUCAUAGGACAUUAAAUAGGUAUAAAUAAGCAAGUACACUAAAACAACAAAAUAACAGAAAGUUCCUGUUUUUUCACUAUCUGAAACUAUCUACUGAAGAAAUGUAUGAUUUAUCUAUGGAUUAUGGGUUUAUAAUUACAGGGCAGAGAAAUAUUCCUAUAAUGUUAAACAUUUAUUUCUUAUCAUUUAAGCCCAUCUUUAUCAUGUGCAGAAACUGAGCUGUAUUGUUGAAAUGUUGUUCUUUUUUUUACUAAAAAAAUCUAAAGCAAUAAAUGUGUAGUUGUUCUUUACACUGACAGAAAGGGGACUUUCACUGGGCUGGACCAGUGGCCCACAGUGUAAAAUAAUAUGACAUCCCUGGCUUAGAUGAAUGGGAAGUUCUGUUCCAGAGUAGGAGGAAGGAAAAUCUGUGCAGAUCCAUCUGCUGUGAUGACCCCUUGGGAACGGCACAGUCAAAGGAACAAACUGCCUGUGGGUCCCUUUUCUGUACUAAUGGCACAAAGGAUGUUGAAUGAAAGUGGGCAAGAUGGCCGAUCAGUCCUGGGAAUGUUGGAGGUGCAGGUAGAGCGGGACCCCAAGACAGGCGCCACCAUUGUUAGGUCAGUGGCUCCUGUGUCCACACCAGCUGGUGCUCCAAAGGCUACCACUGUCUUUGACGACGGCAGGAGGAGCAUCCACACUAUCAGUGGGUCAGCAGAUCAACCCUCGUCUGAAGAGCUCGGGCAUAUCUUGAGCGUCAUCGACGGGGUUGGGAUGAAAGUGCUGCUGAAUGAAGUUACAGUCACACCAACCAAGACAGAGACAGAGACAGUAGAAGCUAGCAAAGGCUCAGAGAAAAAAGGCCUGUCGCUUUACACCCAUCCCAGCACGUCAAAGGAAGACUACAGGCCGUUCGGCGGUUCUAGAAGCGAUGAUUUAGAAGUUGAGCUGAGCAGUGAGAAGUGUGUUGUAAGUGUGGGAAACACAGAUGAUAAAAACACGAUGGCAGUGAGAGACACUUUGGAAAAAGUAGAUAUCGUGGAGAAUCAGAUGUUGGAGGAAAGUCCUGUCACACUUGUGUUCUUGGGAUACGCUGAUGCCACAACUGACCAGAGUCAGAGCCAAGAGGAGCAGGAAGGCAUGAUCACUGUGGAACGAGUGAUAAUCACGGAGGAUGGAGAAGAGCAUGUCUUAGGACCUGAAAUGCCUCCUCCACUUUAUUCACCAUUAGACCAGGUAGCAGAGCAAGGCACCGGGAAAGAGUCCAAAGAUGAAGCAGUUCAGGAUAUUCCCUCGGGUGGAAACGGAGCUGGAGUCAAUGUGCAGGCAGAGGAAGGUGAUAAAGAGUCACAUAAUGCAUCUCCACCGGGCAUAACAGAGGGAAAAGGCAGUUCUAAGCACAGGAGCUGCCGGUGUUGCUCUGUCAUGUAAGAAAUGGUUGAAGAAAGACUCCCUGUAUACCAUGUAUACACUGCUUCCUUUAUAUGUUGCUUUAUAUGAGUGGGUUUAAUAGCAUACUACACCAUCACCCACCAUUCCACCUCCCCUUGAUAAUAAAAAUGGCAUUUAUAUAUUUGUGCAUCUUCUACAAAGCUCUACAAAGUGCACUAAAGUCCACUUCCACCCCCUACUGGACAGAAAUAAGAACUUCAAGCAAGCAAGCUUAUCCAACAGAAAAAAUCCACACUAAUUGUUUAGCCAUGGUUCCUGUAGAAAUGGGGGAAAAAAAGUAUGCCAUCCUUUAGCAUGCACAUCCUAAUGCUUAUGGUGUCCCUCACUGUUUCUGGUAUUAAAAAUGCAACUGAGGGCUGAGA